AUGGACUCCUGUGUAUUUGAAGGGAUUCUUCUCACCAAGGUGCUUCCACCGCUGCUAGUCCUGGAGUUUGUCUUUGGUGUCCUUGGCAAUGGUUUGGCCCUCUGGAUCUUCUGUUGUCACAUUAAGCCCUGGAGAAGCAGCACCGUCUUCCUCUUCAACUUGGCCCUGGCCGAUUUUCUCCUGAACAUAUCGCUUCCCUUUCGGGUGAGGUACUACCUUGCAGGAAUGGACUGGACUUUGGGUGACAGUUUUUGUCGUGCCUCUCUUUUCAUGUUAGCUAUGAAUCGUGGGGGAUGCGUCUUCUUCCUGACCGUCAUUGCUGUGGACAGAUACUUUCGAGUUGUCCACCCCAACCACCCUCUCAACUCCAUGACUGUUACCAAGUCGUUUAUUUUGGCUGGCAUGCUCUGGCUUGCCACCAUUGCCCUCAAUAUCCACCUGCUACUCGGCUCAAACCUCUUUGAGGACGGGGACACCACCAGAUGUGAGGGUUUCACCCAGAAGAACAACCUCCACUGUGUUGUUUUCUUCCUGGAGUUCCUCAUUUCCCUGGGAAUAAUUCUCUUCUGCACCACCCGAACCUACGCCCAGUUCCACCAGAGACACAUGUCCGGUCAGCCCAGGAUACGGCGCGUGAUGAUGUGUCUCACUGCCGUGACAGUUAUGUUCAUCGUCUGCUUCCUGCCAAGCAAUGUGACCAGAGUACUAAUCUGGGUCAAGGACGCACGAAGCAUCGCUGAUUGCCAAGGCAACCAGAUUCUUCAAACAUCUUUCCACAUAACUAUCAGCCUAACCUACCUGAACAGCAUGCUUGAUCCUGUGGUUUACUACUUUUCCAGUCCCUCUUUCAAAAAGAUCUGUAAGAAUGUGGUGAAACUAGAGCAUAAGCAGCACAGAGAGCAGGCAAAGGAGACAUCAACUUAA